AUGUCCAUCGAGCUGGACAGGAACGGCAUCCCCCAGUACGCCGGGCAGCCGGAGUACUUCAACGAGUAUGAGGAGCGCGCCUGGGACCUGUACCAUGGCAGGACGGGCGAGAAGUCGAAGCAGGCCGCGACGGCCCUGCACUUGCGCUCGGGCCUGUCUGGUCCGGCCUACGAGGCCGUGCGCAAGCUCAAGCAUGACGAGCUGAUCGCCACUGACGAGUACGGCGAGUCCAAACCGGAUGGGCUCACCCUCUUUCUGACGACGCCGAAGAAGGAGGUUCAGGACAUCGCGCCCGUCCGGAGCACCGAGAUCUUCGACAAGGCGCUGUAUGGCUCUUCGGUUUGGCGUGAUCGAAAUGAGUCUAUGGCAAAUAAUGUGACGAGGAGGCGAAAGGAGUUCGCCGAGUUGCAGGAGGUCAGCGCCAGCACGACGAUUUCGGAGGACAUCCAGGCCGCGCUGAUCCUCAGGUUCUGCGGUAUCAGUAUGAAGGAGCAGGCCGCGGUCCUCGCCUCCAACAAGAACGAGUACAAGCUCGCGGGCAUCGAGUGCGCUCUGAGGGCGCAGUACCCAGCUGUACAUCGUCAUCAGGACCGACGCGCGGAUCGCCGAGAGCGGUCUGCCUACGCCUACGCCGCGUCCGACCAGGACGAGAACCCGUCGGAGCUCGACAAUGUCUACUACGAGGACGAGGACGAGGACGGCUACUACCAGGGCGAGGAGGAGGAGUACGAGCACGGCGAGGACGACGAGUUCGACAUCGAGAACUACGUCGCGGAGAACCUCGACGAGCUCGGCCCCGAGGAGGCCGAGGCCCUCGCCCUCGUCUUGCAGAGUCGCAACAAGAUCUUCAACAAGAAGAGGCCGCCUAGGCGAGUGACUUCGAGCUUCCACGGUCGCGGCAAGACCGGUGGGAAGGGAGGUGGCAGCAGCAGUUCGAGUAGCGCUGCCCCCGGCUACGACGACCGGCAGCGCGACGCUCGCCGGCAGCACAUCGCCAACCUGAAUAAGCGGACCCAGUGCUCCGAUUGCCACCAGUUCGGGCACUGGCAGGGCGAUGUCUUCAUGGUACUGAAGGGCGAGAUGGAGCACGCCUGCGAGCACGUGGCCGACGACGCCUGCGAGAAGGUCGUCCGCGGCGAUCGCCACUUCACGCUCGCCCACCGCAACAAGGGGCCGAGUGCUACUGGAUCAGCAUCGGCCGCGCCGCCUACACCCGAGAAGCGCAUCAUCAAGGUCGACCUGACCCAGGGCGACCCCGAGCCGAAGCCGGGACCGGAGCUGGCCUUCCUGUACGGCAUCCCGCUGCACCACAGCACCGGGCUGGUGGAGUUCCCGGAGCUCGAUGGCGUCGACCAGCUCAACCCGGUCCCGUACCCAGCGGAGGUCAUCAACUACGGCACGCACAAGGGGCGAACCUUCCAGGAUGCGGCGUCUGACCCGGCGCUCAUCUGGUAUAACAAGUGGGCUCUGGAUCAGGCCUUGGGCCCCGAGGCGGAGGAGAUCAACCCCCACUUGUACCGCUGCGCGUACUUCCUCUGCGCCAUCGUGAAGAUCGCGCGUGGCAAGCUCAACGUUGCCCCGCAGCAGAUGAUCGACAGCGACAAGAGGAGGCUCACCACCGACAGCGACUGGAUGGAGGUCAACGCCGGCGGCUUCACCAUCCCGGUUCAGCCCAACAUCCAUCAGCCGGACGUCAUCUCCACCUACGAGUGCUCGGUCAUGGUCGCCACUACCGGCAACGUCUUCUCGGCACACGACAACGACGCCGACGCCAUGCUCGCCAUCAUCGACACUGGCUGCACGCGCACCAUGCACGGCGAGUCGCGGCGGGCAGCCUUCGAGCGUAAGCUCGCGAGGCGCGGUCUUCAGGUAGUGAAGACCCCGACAUCCCGCACCUUCAGGGGGGUCGGCGGCCGCGCGAGGAGCACCACGGCGGUUCGCUUUCCCGCGGGCAUCGGCGGGAAGUGCGGCGAGAUCUUGUCGUGUGAGGUGCCGGGCGACUGCCCGAUGAUGCUGCUCAGCAGGGACAUGCUCACCAAGCUCGGGCUGAGCAUGCGGCUCUCCACAGAGGGCGAUGUCGCCGACUUCGCCAACAUCGGCGUCUACAACCUGAAGCUCCACCACACCAAGGUGGGCCACCCGGCGGUCAACCUCCUUGACCUGCCGAACGAGAGCUACGAGACGGCCGAUUGGGCGGCGCUGACGGUGCCCGAGGACCACCACCUCGAGUACUUCCCCGAGCAAUUCCACGUCGGCAUCACCUCCAUCGAGGAGAGCUCGGCUGAGCCUCUCCCCAGCUUCCUGGACAUCGAGAUCGGCGAGACCACGGACGACGAGUGCCUCCAGACGGCCGUCGACCACGACUACGGACCAGACGUCUUCGCCGCCCAGGCCAUCGAGUGGGGCGGCAAGCGCAACCUCACCAACAAGAAGUCCAAGAAGCUCGAGCACUCCCUGCAGGCCAUCGCCGUGCAGGACGAGGUGGUGCAGGCCGUCGUGGAGAAGCAUCCGCCGAGGGCCCGGCUGCCUGCCGGUGCCCGGACGUGGGUCAAGCAGACCUACGCCGGCCAGAUGGGUUUGACAGUGCUCAUGGCCGCGAUGGGCCUCUCGGUCGGCGUCCCGCUGGACAAGCACACGGGCUGGGACGCUACCACCAGGCUGGGCAGGCAGAGGUACGACGCGGAGAUCACCAACGAGGAGCCGUACUGCCUCGUGGUCUCGCACCCCUGCUCGCCGUGGGGCAACUGGAGCAGAUUCAACAUGGCUCGUUGCCCGGAGUCCGAGAGGAAGAUCUUGGCCAAGCGCGAGGCGAACCGCCCUAUUCUCAGGCAGGUGGACUCCUCAGUGGACAGUCGAGUGCGGAGGGGCUUCCACGUGGCGCUGGAGCAUCCCCAGGGCUCCGAGGCCUUCGACCAGCCGGAGAUGUCAAGGUUCGCCUCCGAGGACGAGCUGCUCGCCAUGCACACCUACGUGAACCCGGACCUGCUGUCCCUCCGGUCGCUGAAGAGGGCCAGGCACUAUAUCGACAUCCGGGCCGACGCGGCGGCAGCCUCGCCCGCCCCGAUGCCCAGGCCGCAACAGCACGCGGCUGGCCACGGAGGGGUGGUUGGGGGCGCGCUCGGAUCUGCCGGGCCAGGGCCUGAUGCAAAUUUCGACCUCGACGAGUUCAACACCGAGGCCCGAGUUAAAGGUCAUUGGGUCGACCCUCGAGCAUCCCAGGAGGCCAUCGACAAGCCGGCGCCCCCGGACGACGAGAUGGGCGUGGGCCUGGAGCGCGGGGAGAAGCGCAGAGGCCUGCCGAUUACCCAGCUGGACAGAGCCAUGCGCGAUCCGGAGCGUCUGGAUCGGGGUUCCACCAAGAAGCCUCGCACCUUCCAGGGCUACGUGGAGGAGGAGUUCCGCGUCAUGGAGGACGCCCUCCACGAGGUGUUCUUCACCAGCGACUACAAGCCGGACCUGGCUGUCGCCUACGAAAGGCGUCGCACCGACUACGGCAUCAAGAAGUUCAUCGCCACGGACAUGCGUGGCCCUCGCUGGUCCAAGGUGCUUCGCCGCAUCACCAGGGACAUCGAGACGGGCAUCGUGAUCGAUGACAUCGACGUCAGAGGUCUUGCUCUACGCGAUGCUCGCCUUCGCCGGCCUCUGCCUGGUGGCAUCACCGCGGUCGAGACCAUCUUCGUCCACGCCGACGAGGACGUGGGCACGAACGACGCCGUCGAGUUCGCCUACCUCACCAAGGGCGCGGUCCGCUCCGAUAUCAGACUUCAAGAUCUCGCCCCAGAGCAGAGGAAGGAGUUCGACCAGGCCAUGGCCAAGGAGUGGCGCAGCUGGACCGAGUUCCAGGCCGUCGAGGUGCUGAGCUCCAACCAGGCCAAGGAGCUCCUCGACAGGGGUGCCUCCCCGGUUGGGACGCGCUGGGUUCACACGGACAAGAACGCCAAGAAGCGCAACCCCAAGCAGACCUACGACGACAUCCCGCUCGCUGCCAAGAGUCGGCUCGUCGUGCAGGGCUGCCAGGACGCGGGCAGGCAGUGGUGGCUGCAUCUGCGCGCCAUCCUCGUGGAGCAGGGUUGGCGCGAGUCCAUCUACGAGCCCUGCCUGUUCAUGCUCAGGGACAGCAUGGGCAAGCUCAUCGGCUUGCUGUGCACGCACGUCGACGACCUCUUCGUCGCGGGCGCGGGCGAGCAGUUCGAGCGCGUGAUGGAUAUCAUCAAGGAUAAGAUCCACCUCUCCUUCCAGUCCGGCACGUUCAGGUACUGCGGCAAGGUCGUGGAGCAGGACAGCCAGACCUUCGACAUCAAGAUCGGCCAGGCCGCCACGGUCGAGGCGCUGGAGUACAUCGCCCUCGAGCCACACCGCCGGCGCAAGCCCAAUGCGCCGCUCACCCCAGAGGAGAUCUCUGCCCUCCGUAGCGGUGUUGGGUCGCUUGGCUGGGUAGCGCGGCAGACGCGCCCUGAUCUGGCCGUCCACGCUUCGCUUGGGGCUCAGUCUAUGAGUGGUCCCAAGAUCCGCGACAUCGUCGCAGUGAACCGCGCCAUCAAGAUGGCCAAGGACGACGUCGACUUCAAGCUGGUGUUCUCGUCCAGCCUGGACUGGGACAGCGCUAUCGCGUUCGGCUGCGGUAAGGUCAAGUCGCAGUGCGGCUACAUCAUCGGCAUGGCGUCGCCCGACCUCGAGAUGGACACCGCCGCGAUCAUCCACCCGCUGGAAUGGGCCAGUGCGACGAUCAAGCGAGUGGUUCGUGGGUCGCUAGCAGCUGAGUGCAACGGCUUCCUGACGACGGCCGAGAGCGCGGAGUUCCUCAAGCAUGUGAUCGCCGAGAUCUCCGACCCCGGCUACUCGUCCUACCAGUUCGACCCGUUCUUCGACGGCAAGCACUUGCUGCUGCUGACGGACGCGAACGGCCUCGUCACCUCCUUGGAAAAGGACGGUGGUCAGCCCGCUGAUAAGCGGGUGCGGAUUCUGAUGGCCCAGAUCCGCCAGCUGCUCGGCCAUGACGUGCUGACGCAGGAGCGCGAGGGUGAUGACUGGAGGAUACGUGCCAGGUGGAUCGACACGAAGUUGAUGAUCGCGGACGCCUUGACGAAGGCCGAUGCUGAGAGGGGCUUCCUGCUCGAGCGGCUGACCGAGGGCCGCUGGUGCUUGGCCCAGACGGAGGAGAUGCUCGCUGCCAAGGCAGCGGCUGGUGAGGCGCGCCGUGCUCGCAAGGCCCGGCUAG